UCGCUCGCUCGUGUGACUCCAUUCCUCACGACGCGACUGUUCUCCUUGUUCUCCUUGCUCUCGUGCUUUUGCUUGCUCUCGCUUGCUCUCGCUCUCGCUCGCUCCAGCCUGCAGCCAGCCCACGCUCCCCGCCCACCGCCAUGACCCACGCCCACGCCCCCCCCUCGGCAGCAGGCACCGCCGCGCGCUUCGCAUUCCACACCGCCGUCGUCGCAUACAUGCUCCACAGCUACUUGUCCAUCGCGAGCGUGAUCGGCAAAGCCAUCGAGGCCGAGUACGGCGGCGACCUCCAGUUCCUGACCGUGUGCGGGAUGAUCACGGCCACGGUUGCCAUGGGUCUCAGCGCCGUGCACGACCUCAUGCCCUUUCCGGCGUUGCAUGGCGCCAAGCGCCUGUUCGCGCUCGCGGCCAUGCCCGUUGAGAUCACCAUCAGUGCUAUAUACUGGCCGCUGAUCAUCCUCGCGCCGCAGCUCAUGCUCCCGCCCGACCUUGCGGCGGCGCCCGACGCCGACAUCACAGCUGCGAGCGCCGACGCGCCCCUCGUCUUCCUCCCGCUGUGGAUGGACUUGGGGCUGCAUGCUGUCCCUGCUGUGUCGCUCAUUAUUGACUUCUUCUUCCUCGAGCGCAAGUACCGCCCCCCCAUGUCGACGUGGGUCGCCUUCGCCGUCGCCGCAACGUUCAGCACCGCAUACGUCGUGUGGGUGGAACACUGCGCGUCCAUCAACGGCCACUUCCCCUACCCCUUCUUGACGAUCAUGUCGUUCGAAGACCGCACAAAAAUAUACGCAGCGUCGGCGCUGUUUGCGCUGCUUGUCUUCCGCGGGCUGAACGCGCUGCACAAGUAGGCCCCAAGUAGGCAAGCCGUGUGCGAUUGCCAGACCAGCUCACAGCCACGUGCCUGCAUGCAGAUGACCUCGCGGUCUCAUGAUCUAG